AUGGCAACCCGCUCCCGGAGCUCCGCUCGUCCCUUGUCCCCUCUCAAUCAAGGAGAGUUGGGACCCACUCUUCCGGCAACCGCCGAUGAGUCAUCAAGCCUCGAACCCGAGGUUUACGGGGAAAUCUCCCUUGGACGAGCAAUCUCCCUCAUCCUCGGACAAGCAAUCUCCCUCAUCCUGGGAUUGCAAAAUCAAGUCCUCCGACUCGAGCGGGAACUUGAAGAAACAAAAGAAGCAACAAAGGAAGCCCGAGACUGGAUGGGCGCAGUCGAUCAAGCCCUCACUCGCAUUGAGGCUAGGGGUGGAGUCCCCCACACACCAGAAGACCGGAAACCUCCGGCAUGCGCCCCUCGUUGCCUGGGCCGUCCCCUCCAAAGCUCCCCCCGCCUUCGCGCAACCAACUCCCGUCCGGGCUCCCCCGCAAGUCCAUACUCCCCUCCACCUUUGCCUAUCCGCCUCCGUUCCCCCCAAGUCCCACAACCAGCGGCCCCUGUAGCCGCUUAUCAAACCCCUGUCAAGGUAGACCACCCUGACGCCUAUACAGGGAAAAUAGGGAACAAAGCCCGCCAAUGGCUCACGCGGAUGUUGGCAUGGGUACGUCUAAAUCAAAGGAUGUUCCCAACCGAUCAGGAGGUCCUAUCAUUCCUCCUGAUGAAUAUGAAGGACGUGGCAGGAGCCUGGGCCCACCCCCAUCUUGACCAACUAGGGUCCCACAGGGCCCUAAUCCAAUCGGUCGACGACUUCAGGACGGAGUUCUUGGCUGCAUUUGGUAACCCGGAUGCUACGCGAGCCGCUGAGCGGCAAAUCACCCACCUUACUCAGACAGGCACCUGUGCUGAGUACAUUACAAAGUUCAGGACCAUUGCCAUGGACCUGGACUGGAAUGACGCCGCCCUCCGUGGGCAAUUCGCACGUGGCCUCCACUGGGAGGUCAGCCGCCUCAUUGCCACCCAAGAGCGGCGCCCCACCACACUCCUCGAGCUGCAGAAUGCAGCCCUGGUCAUCGACAACGCCCUCCGUGAGGAGCACGCCAGCCACCCGCCUAAGGGUAAUAAGUCUGGUGCCUCCACUACCACCCCCAAUAGGGGGGCGAGUACCGGCCAACAGGCCACAAGACCAGGGCGCCUCUCCAGCGACCCCAACUUUGUCUCCAAGGAGGAGCGCAACCGCCGCCGGGCUGAAGGCCUAUGCAUCAAGUGCGGCAAAUCGGGCCACAAGUUUGCGGAAUGCCGCACAGGUUGGAAGGCAACGCCUAAGGAGGAAGGCGUCAAGAAAGAAGCCGCCAAGAUUGGCGAAGAGUCUGGACCCGAAUCGGGAAAAGACUAA